GAGAUUUUCGGCUAAACAGUGUGAGGUUCGGGCUUUGCAAUUUCCACUUCAUAAUUAAAUUUAAAAAUGGACAAAUUCUUAAAGUUUGGUAUGCUUUUGUGAGAAAGUAGGACCUAAUCGUUGGCGUGUACUGUCGGCUGCUUGUUUCCGCUGAGGAUUAACAUGUUCUAAGCUAGCUCAUGGUUGUAAUUCCAGUGAAAGUUUAAGGUUAGAGACACUAUCUCAACUUUAGUCUAAUACAUAAAAAUGCAAGUCAAGGACUGUCUGGUUUCUGCACCAGGGAAGACUAUCCUCCACGGAGAGCAUGCUGUCGUUCAUGGAAAGGUUGCCCUCGCUGUGAGCUUAAACCUUAGAACAUAUUUGAAACUAAAAGCCUCCUCCAAUGACAAAGUCUGCAUAAACCUGCCCAACAUUGACACAUUUUGCUGCUGGGACCUCUCUGAACUGCAGCAGUUUGUCCCGUUUAUAAAUGAUAAAAAGGAUGAGACUCAGCGACUGGAUGCUGAACUUGUGAGAAGGCUCCGGGACUUCAUGGGUGUUACAAAUGGAAACCUGGACAAUGGCAGCACGGCCAGUUUAGCCUUUCUGUACAUCUAUCUGUCAGUGUUUGCAUCGGGAGAGCUUCCCGGGCUGACGAUAACUGUGUGGUCAGAGUUACCGACCGGAGCCGGAUUGGGGUCCAGUGCAGCCUACUCGGUGUGUUUGGCUGCAGCUCUGCUCUGUGCUGCCGGUACCAUUCCGGCUUCCCUCAAGGAGUGGGAUCAAACCGCCAGGUGGUGUCAGGAGGACCUGGAGUGCAUCAACAGUUGGGCUUUCCAAGGAGAGACCAUCAUCCACGGAAAUCCUUCAGGAGUGGACAACGCGGUCGGAACGUGGGGUGGCAUGCUGCGGUUCUUAGCCGGGAAGAUCAUACCGCUGAGCAGGGUGCCUUUAUUAAGGAUCCUCCUCACUAACACUAAAGUACCGCGCAGCACCAAAGCACUUGUUGCCAGGGUGAAGGACAAAAUUAACAAGUUUCCCUCCAUAAUGAAUCCUGUUCUUGAAUCAGUUGAUGCCAUUUCUUACACUUGUGAAAAAGUCCUGACGUGUGAACCGAUCACAGGAGAGCACUACAGCGUUCUAGAGGAACUGAUCGAUAUCAACCAGCACCAUCUGAACGUUAUGGGUGUUGGGCAUCCUGCUCUGGACACACUGUGCCGGGUCACACUGGCCAAAGGGCUCCACAGCAAGCUAACCGGCGCAGGGGGUGGAGGCUGUGGCAUCACACUGCUGAGACCAGAAACUGACUCCUCUGUUGUCCAGAGCACAGUGCAGGAUCUAAAAGACUGUGGCUUUGACUGCUGGGAAACGAGUAUCGGUGGACCAGGUGUCCAACAGCAUUCCCCUUCCUCUGUGAAGGAGGAAAUUCUGGACAUUUUAGAUCGGUACUGAGCUCACCAAGAAUCUGGAGUUCAGCAUAGCGUUGGCUUACUGAGUGGAGAUUUAAGCUUUAAAUGUUUAACAUUUUCUGGCAGGAAGAAAAAGUAACUUUCUGUUGCUAUUUUUUUUUAAACUAAGAUUAAUCAGCAAAGCUUUUCUUCAACAUUUCAACGUUUUACCUGCUGUUGUGAAGCACUUUGUCCACUAGGUGGCAUUAGAUUAACACAGAUGCCGUUAAAAGGUUUACAGGUAGACAAUGAAGAUCAGUGUUAGAUUCUUAAUAAAUUUAGAUGUAAAAAUAAAAAAAAGAAAAGUUUAUUCAUGACAUAAAUCCUUUAAUUUUAACUGAAGUAUCAUAAUUAUUUAUUUUUACACCUUUAAUAACAAUAAAACUGCAAUGCUUCAGUUAUAUUAAGAUUUUUUUCCUCUCUUUUUUGCUGUUGUGUUUCCUAUUAGAAUGUGGAGGACAACAUAAGUGGGCAGCGUCUCUGAAGGCUGAGGAUUAGCGCCUAUCUCAUAUGAACAAACAGCAUCUAGUGUCCGGUCGGGUCGCACUUUGCACACACAGCAGCUUUCCAAAAUUACCCUCCACUUAAUUGCUCCUCUUUUUUUUUAAGCAUUGCAAACAUUUUCUGCAAAUGCCACAGACACACGACAGGUCUGUUCAUAAGAUCCCCCCCCCCCGCCACACACACAUGGAGGAAAAGGUCACGUGGGAUUCUGUCGGGUUUGAAUAUCCAUUUCAUUUUCUAUUUUUUAAAUGUCAUGAAGAUUGAGGAGUCCGAAUCGACCACACAUGUGAAUCAGCUGCAUUUGUCACCUGCCUGAUCCGCCCCCCCCCCUCCUGUCCUCUUGAGUUUUGUCAUGUAUAUGUGAGGGCAGAUGCCCCUCCACCCCCUCUCAGCAUGCUGCACUGUUGCCCCUUGCUGGAAUUUAAUUAGCAGUGUGUGUUUCAAUUGAAACAGUAUUGAUGAGGGUGGAUGGAUGUAGGCUGGAGCCGGUUUGUAUUUCAAACCCGCCUUUCAGCCCUGCCAGGCACAUGUGAUAUUUUUUUUUUAAUCUCCACAUCAGUGCCUUCCUUUUCCCCUCUCUGAUAAAAAAGAUUUGGAGGGUGGAGUGAUAUUUUAUGAGAAAAGCAAAGGGGGUGACCACAGGGGGUCAACGACAGGGGGAGAAAAUGUCAGAAUGAGAAGAAAAAAAAAAGAUGUGGCACAAAAGAUUCAACAGUUUAGCUGAGUAAUAUUUUUUUUCCCAGACAAGAACAAUGAAAUCCUCCUCCUGCAUUUACAGACGGAUUCUUCUCUGAGCGGUUCAUCUCCUUUUGUUCUCGGUUGACGGGUGAAAUACUUGUCGGGAUCUUUUCAGUUAUGAAUUAGAUGUGGCUGACACGUUGUCAUAAAGUCCAGUGGUUCAGAGUGCAUUCAGACCAAACUGUAGUAAGUGAGCAAGUGGAGGUUCUUACUCCCUGAACAGCAAUGUUCUUUCUCCAGCUUUCUUUCAUUUGUUCAGCUUUGCACUGCAGACGGCAGCGAUGAGGUGACAAAAAAAA